UAAUGACAAGUGAUCGGUGCCCUUAUCUCUAUUAAACAGUAGUUUCAGCAUCAGGACCAGACGGCAGUCUUUUAUAUUUUAUUACCGGAUACUCGAUCGACAAACAAACAUUUAAUCUUAUAUUUCAUGCUUCAUACAUAUAUAUAUAUAUAUAUAUAUAUGUUGAGAGUUACAACACAUUUCACCAUCAAAACCCCCGAAACAGAGAAAGAAGAAAAAAAUCAAAGAAUGAUGAGCUCACCAUCAAAUUCAAUCACACAACUCUUCAAAAACAAACCUGUGAAACAUGACCACAUUAUCCCGCUAGACUUCACCAGCGUCAAAACCCUACCGGAUUCUCACGUCUGGUCGGCCCCGAGCCCGCUUCCGGAACCAGAGGCUCUGUCCAUCCCAGUCCUGGACAUGAACCACGCGGUCAGGCCUUCGCUUCUCCGGCAGGCCUGUGAGGAAUGGGGAGUGUUCCAGGUCAUUAACCAUGGUGUUUCCGAGAAGUUGCUUCUGAAUGUCGAGUACCAAACAAGGAGGCUGUUUUCGCUGCCCAUGCAGCGGAAGAUCCUAGCCGUCCGAUCGCCGGACGAGAGCACUGGGUACGGCCUGGCUCGUAUCUCGAUGUUCUACGACAAGUUUAUGUGGUCGGAAGGGUUUUCCGUCAUGGGAUCAUCAUCUGUCCGACACGCCAAACUGUUGUGGCCUAAUGAUCACAAAAUCUUUAGUGAUGUGAUGGAAGAAUACCAGAAGGCUAUGGAGACCCUAGGUCGAAGACUCAUCUGCAUGUUGAUGGACUCACUUGGACUGGCCCAAGAAGACGUAGGUUGGACCGUACCGGACAGAACCGGGUCAAGACCGGAAAUUCAACCCUUUUUGCAGCUGAAUUCAUACCCGGUCUGUCCUGAACCGGAUCUAGCCAUGGGGUUGGCCCCUCACACCGACUCAUCCCUCUUCACCAUCCUUCACCAAGCCAACAUCCCAGGCCUACAGAUCCAAAGAUCAGAAAGAGGCGGAGCUUGGAGCACUGUGGACCCCAUCCCCGGAGGUCUUGUCGUGAUAAUGGGCGACGUGUUCCACAUGCUAUCAAACGGACGGUUCAAUAACGUAAUGCACCGCGUGGUCGUGAACAGCACGCGCCACCGUGUCUCCGCCGCGUAUUUCUACGGACCGCCGAGGAGCGUGACGGUGGGACCGUCGUCAAAAUUGAUCGACGAGGAUCGCCCUCGGAUGUAUCGGGAUGUGAGUUGGGGCGAGUAUCUCGAGACGAAAGCGACUUACUUUGACAAGGCUUUGGCUUUGUUUCGUCUUUGUUGAAGAAAAUAUCUUGUGGAACCGUGGAGUAUGUACUUUUAAUAAAUUUGAGGUUGUCGUC